UCCGCGGCUCUCGUGACGUCUCCCGCUGGGUCUGGCCCUCGGCUCCUCCAGAAGGCUUUUGGCCCCGGCCACUCCAGGCUGCCCGCGGUCUCCUGGCAGCCGGCUCCGCUCCGCCCCUGCCCACGCGCGCUCCCCUGCCCCUCCGAGGCCCCAGCGCCCAGCCCUCCAGCCAGAGGGAGCCAGUCGCUAGACGGCAGCUCCCGGCUGGAGAGGUUGGGCGGGCGGAGGGUGGGGACCCGCGGGACCGGCGAGCCGGGCCGGGCCGGAUCGAGCGCGAGCAGCAGAAUGGAGUCUCCCGACAGCCUGCCGCGGCUGCUGUGGAAUUAGACUCUCCGCUCCAGCUGCGCUCUCCUCUCCUUUCUGCGGCUUCUUCCCUCGCCACCCGCCGGGGAGUGAACGGCGAGAGCUCGCUCCGCUCCCGAGAGGCGAUCGCGAUGGAGUGAGCCACCCCGCCCGCCACACGGAAAAGCACAAAGAAGACAUGACAAUGGCCAAGUUAACUGAAUCCAUGACUAAUGUCCUGGAGGGCGACUCCAUGGACCAGGACGUGGAAAGCCCAGUGGCCAUUCACCAACCAAAGUUGCCUAAGCAGGCCAGGGAUGACCUUCCAAGACACAUCAGCCGAGACAGGACCAAGAGGAAAAUCCAGAGGUACGUGAGGAAAGACGGGAAGUGUAAUGUCCACCACGGCAACGUGCGGGAGACGUACCGGUACCUGACGGACAUCUUCACCACCCUGGUGGACCUAAAGUGGAGAUUCAACCUGCUUAUCUUUGUCAUGGUUUACACAGUGACGUGGCUCUUCUUUGGGAUGAUCUGGUGGCUAAUCGCGUACAUCCGGGGAGACAUGGACCACAUAGAGGACCCUUCGUGGACUCCCUGUGUCACCAACCUCAACGGGUUCGUCUCUGCUUUUUUAUUCUCAAUAGAGACGGAAACCACCAUCGGCUACGGCUACAGGGUCAUCACGGACAAGUGCCCUGAGGGCAUCGUGCUGCUCUUAAUCCAGUCUGUGUUGGGGUCCAUUGUCAACGCGUUCAUGGUGGGAUGUAUGUUUGUGAAAAUAUCCCAGCCCAAGAAGAGGGCGGAGACACUGGUCUUCUCCACCCACGCGGUGAUCUCCAUGCGGGAUGGGAAACUGUGCCUGAUGUUCCGGGUGGGGGACCUGAGGAACUCCCACAUCGUGGAGGCCUCCAUCAGAGCCAAGCUGAUCAAGUCCAAACAGACUUCAGAGGGGGAGUUCAUCCCCCUCAACCAGACUGAUAUCAACGUGGGCUACUACACCGGGGAUGACCGCCUCUUCCUGGUGUCGCCCUUGAUUAUUAGCCAUGAAAUCAACCAACAGAGUCCCUUCUGGGAGAUCUCCAAAGCCCAGCUGCCUAAGGAGGAACUGGAGAUCGUGGUCAUCCUGGAGGGAAUGGUAGAGGCCACAGGAAUGACAUGCCAGGCUCGGAGCUCCUACGUCACCAGUGAGAUCCUGUGGGGUUACCGGUUCACCCCAGUCCUCACGCUGGAAGACGGAUUCUACGAAGUGGACUACAACAGCUUCCAUGAGACCUAUGAGACCAGCACCCCGUCCCUCAGUGCCAAAGAGCUGGCCGAGCUGGCCAACAGGGCAGAACUGCCCCUGAGCUGGUCUGUGUCCAGCAAACUGAACCAGCAUGCAGAACUGGAGACGGAAGAGGAGGAGAAGAACCCGGAAGAGCAAACGGAGAGGAAUGGUGACGUGGCAAACCUAGAAAAUGAAUCCAAAGUGUAGGCCCAGCUGGGCCAGCCUUCCCCUCCCCCUCAGACAUGACCCAUCCCUGUCUCUCAUUUCCCUUCCUUUCUGUCUCUUACUUUGAUCUUGAUUUGUUUGCAUUUAAUUUUGGCAUUUCCAGAAAACAAAUCUUUAAGGUGUAAAAUACCUACCUGCCCUCUCUCAGAUGUUCAGGUGGAUAAGCAGACAGGAAUCUAGUUAAGGUACAAGGGACCUUCUUUGUGCCCAAGCCUGGUCUCCACCCACGGGAGAGACUGAGCUACUUACUCUACUGUUCAAUACAAAUCACUCAGAAGAGCUGUCAGUGUCACAAAGCACCACCAUAGGUCAGAGAACAGCCGCCAGUUUUACAGAGCACAAGUGCUCAUCCACACAGACACUGACGAUAUGGGACCCAGGUGAGCUAAGGACAGAACACUGUACAUAGAUCUGCCCUAUGGAAUUAUUUUCUUUUUGGCGGUUAGUGACAAACCCAGCAUGCACAGAAGCACUGUGGAGCAGAACUCCUAAUAAUGUACAUAGAUGUAUCAUUCAUGUAGCUUUAGAUAAUAACUUUAGAAAUAGGAAGAAAAAAGACUCCCAAUGUACAGUAGCAUUUCUGCUUUGAUAUCUGAGUCUUCUGAUUAUUUUGACCCCCUUGACAGAUGGCCCUCUGCAUGCAUGGCCUUUGUUCGAGCCCCGAAAUGGACCGUUGCUGGGGGUACCUCUCUGUUCCCUUGUCAUUCUUCUCUUGACUCUAACAAGCCAUAGGUCUGGGGACAGUCUGGAGGUCUAACACAUGGCAAGAUCUACUAUCCAAAACCCUGAUAUACUGUGACAUAUUUACAAAAUCGGUGUCAUUUGUUUCUAGAUAAUAAGGGUCUCUCUGGCCAGCCUGGGAGGGACCAGCACCAGGCCUCUGGCACAGCCCCACAGGACACUUCUCGUGAACUUGGAGUAGAGCAAUUUAAGAAACCUUUCUGUUGAACCAUUGAUUGCUCUUCUAUCUAAUCAUGAGAAACUAUGGCCUUUUCAUGAGAGCUGUCGAGUGACAGAACAACCCUUGGGGGGAAGCCAUGGCUUCCAGGAAGGCAUACAGUGGGUGAAAUGACAGGCUCACUCCACCGGCUUCCGGCCCCUCUCUCCAUCUGGCAGCCCUGACCCUAAGGGCCUAUCCUUACCAUUUCUUACACUGGGAUUUCUUUUUUUAUCUUCUGUCAUCAUUGCUGUUAUUUAUCAUGAAAUGACCAGAAUUUGGUGUACAAAGUGUAGAUAACAGUCUUUGUGGCAACUGACAAAUCUCUCCAGAAUGUGGGAGUGAGACACUGUUUGAAAAUCUAAUGCACAUGUCUCUCAGUCAAGAGCACAAAUGUCAACAACAGUCAAACAGCUCUCUCUAUCUCAUUUUAAUCUUGAAAGAAGGAGGGAAGGAACAAACGAAGGAAGGCAGGCAGCACGUGUAAUAAUCUAAAUUCAAAAGGAAGUGAAAAAUAAGACUGGAGAGAGACUCUUCAGUGAGACCUAGGGGCAGGUGGAGAUUUUGCACUGUAGCCGAUGUUUCUCGUUGAUUUUGCAUUUACAAACUGUUCUUUAACACCAUUGCCCACCAGAAGUAUGCAUCAAAUGGAUCUCAGUUUAUUUCAGCCCCUGCAGAUGUGCUCAGUUUGAGACUCUGCACCAUCAAAGUCAAAGAGGUCAAACUAGCUCUUCCCCUGUUUCUCUUGCGGCCCCUGACCAGACUGCACAGGACUUUGCUGUAGUCCAGGGACCUUGUCUAUAAGAGAGAUGCCCCAGGAAUAUGGGAAGUGGCUCCUCCAUCCAACACCUGGGUCUCUCCUCUCCCUCCGCAGAGAUCUUGCCACGCAGACAACCAAUUCUUGCCGCUGAUUCUGGAGAACAAAGCUGUUGGCUGUAGCCCUUCCUUGCCUGCAGCAUUCCCUUUUGGCUUUGGCUAUUUACCAGGGGAGCCUUGCACUCACUCCCUGCACUCUUAGCAGGAGAUGGAAGAGGAGGGCCUGACACAGUUCCCAGAGGCUCCAGGAGGUCUCAUGGCCUGACCUUGUUUUAGCCUUAUGAAAGACACCCUGCUUUGGGGCACCAUGCUGCAGCAGCCCAGGGCAGGGUGUGUAACACAGAACAAGAUGGAGAAGGCCUGCGAAUUACCUGCUCACUUAGCUCUUGAAGACUCACUCGGCCUUUUUAAAUCUAUUACUGAGGCUUACAGGACAAAAGAUGUCCGUUGAUGGGUGGAAAGAGCAGCUCUGAAGUUGGUGGCUUCCUGCCUGCUCUUCAGCUGGACAAUAGGUCUGGCCGGCACCUGUGUCACUCCCACAGCCAUGUUGUGACCUCAACAGGGUGCUCUGAGGUCCUCUCUGACCCCUGACUUUCUGUUCUCCAUGUCACUGUGGUCGGUGAUGUGAGCAAAACUAAAAGCCUGUUUGUUACAUGAGCUCAAAACCUUUAAAGGAAGGCAUUCCUAAAGGACCUUUUAUUAGAAUGUCCUUAUCAAACACGUCUAUUUUUCUACAGUUCCUGAGAAAAUGGUUUAACAGUGUAUUUUGUGUCAACUGUUAAAAUUUGAAAGGUCUUAUGUCUGAAUUUUCUAAUCAGCAAGUAGUCAAUGGGGUUUUUCAUUAAGGUAACUCAGCAAAGGAGCCCCCCCCCAUGCCUCCUUUCUAGCCCCUCCCUCCACGGCAUCUCCACCAGGGGAGCAAGUGCAACUACAUAAGCCCAUUAGCACACCGAGACCCAUAACCGCUGGGGAGAGAUCUCCGUCUCUCCGUCUCUCCGUCUCUCCGUCUCUCUGUGUUUCCUCUGCAUCUCUCUGAUUCUCUCUCUGUGUCUCUCCGCCUCUCUCUGUUUCCCUCUGCAUCUCUCUGUUUCUGUCUCUCUGCAUCUCUCUCUGUCUCUGUCUCUCUCCCCCUUCUCCCCCUCUCUCUUUCUCCCCCUCCUCUUCCCUCUCUCUUUGAUGUUUUGGGCUGCUUGUGUGGUGUCUCUGAGUCAUCUUUCCCAUAAAGCACAGUGGGAUCCAUGGGCCAGAUAAGAACCUCUAACUCAAGGGUGACAGUCACUAUGGUUGAUCCCAAGAGCACAUUAGCUCUGUGAGGAAAGAGAAGGUUUGUCUGGAAGGGUGGAGCUGAAAAGAGCCUCACAGUCCUUGUUCAACUGAUACCCACUCCCUCACUGGCUCCCUGGUAGGAAGAGCAUCUGUUCAUUUAUUUACACACUGGUUUCGUGUGAUUGCUACAGCUGUUUACCCUGGGUCUCCUGGGCACACGGCAUGCCCGUGUUAACUGGUUAGAAUUGGCUCAUCCCCUCCAGCUCCUUCUAAAUAUCGUGUUGGGGUGGGGUCGUGACUCCGUGUCCACGAGGUUGAAGUCUCUUCUCCUCUACUCCCUUUCUCUCUGCCCCUCUCUGUUCUCUCUAGGUCUAGACUCACUGAUUUAAUUAGUUCCCUAAAAGAACUGUAUCAAAGUGUUGACCUAUUUCGUAAGCACAACUUUUUUCUCUUACAGGUUUAAUUAACCAAAAUAGGACUCUGAUGUGCCUGUUUUUUUCAUUAUACGCUAAUUUAAAGUUUAAUUAUGGCUUCAUUUUAAAGCCCAGAGUUCAAGUUUCUUGCUUUCUUCCCCUACCUGUUGCUUUUCUGUUUGGAUUUAAAAUG